UGUAUUCAUAUUGCAAUGUUUAUGUUAUUAUUUACUUCCGGUAAGAAGAAAUUAUGAAAAGCACAGCAACCAAAUUAGAAAAUGGUCCACCAGUGGAACCGUUACAUGAUCUUAUCAGCUCAGAGCGGUACUUAGACUCUUUAGAGAGACGACUAAACAAAGUGAAAGGAAAACAGACAAAGGAACCAACUGCCAAAGAAAUGCUAACAGCUCUUGAGAAAACGAAAGAAGGUCAAAUGUAUCAGUUAUUGGAAAGAAAUACACAAACUUUGUCUUCACAGGAUCCAUGUUUAGAUGGUGCUGUGGUUAAUAAAACACAUUCUGGAAAACAACAAAACUUGGAAGAAAUCGUAGCUAUUAUUUAUCAAGAUGCUUUAUCAAAAGAUAAAGAAGAGACUGAAACUGACAAAGGAUGAUACUUUGUACCUUCAUGUUUUUUAAUACUUUAUUUCAGGGUAAAAAAGAUAAAUGAUUAUGUAUAAACGUGACAAGACAGAAAUGUGAACUUCAUGUCGGAAGGUUAAUAAAAUUGUCAAAAAACAUGUUAUUUUACUUGA